AUGCUCGACCUAAACGUCUCCUCCAAGAUCGGCAACGCCGUAGGCUCCUUCCCCCACCAAGGCUACUUUGGCGUCACUCCCGUCGUCCUGGAUGGUACCGUGCACACCCGGCUCGCGGCCGGUGCCGAGCCGCUCAUGGUCCGCAACGUCACCAUGCUCGUCCGGUGCUACGAGGUGCGCGAGUCUGGCCCAUUUCGUUCCAGCCGCGAGAACAUUCUCUGGGAGCGGCGGCAAGACCUGUUCUGCCCACCAGACGGUAAAGACGCAGUCUCCAUCCCUACCGAGUGGGAGCGGCCAUUCUCCCUCACCAUCCCGCCCGAGGCUGCCGAGCAUGCGCGCGGCACAAAGUCGAUGCGAGAGUGGCGCGUCAAGUGGCGUCUCGAGGCCGUCGUCAACCACAAGCCCAUCCAGUAUGUCGGAGACCGCGUCGCAAAGGCCUUUGUCCUCGACCUCCACAACCACCGCACACCACAGACCCCACCACCGUCCACAGCGGCAGGCGCGACCAUUGGCGCCGGUCACACGUCCACCCAGCUCUUUAUCAACCCGCCCCAUGGCCCGUUUGGCCCGGGCGACAUUAUCCCCAUCUCCCUGUCGGCACGGCCUGAAGACUACGGCUCGUCCAUCCGCAAGGUCCAGGUCAUUUUGGACCGACGACUGGAAAUGCUCGACGACAAAAUGUCUCCGCCACAUGCGUCGUCGUCGUCGUCUCGCAGGCCGUCCCCAACACUCGACGACGGGCAGGGCAACAAGUCGAAGCGCAUGUCGUCCAUCUUCCUCCGGGGUUCAUCGCCACGCUCUGCUUCGCGGCUAGCAGACGACAACAACGAGCGCGUCAACGUCACGCGCAUCGCCGAGGCGCCGUGCGACAUUUCGUCUGCCGGCGACAGCGGCGCCAUUUGGUCGGUCGGCUCGAUCCAGCUGCCCCGCCGUGGCAACCGAUGGGACACGGGCGAGACGGAACGCACCGAGUUUGCUGCCGUCUCGUUUGAUUUGCGAAUCAAGUUGACGCUCAAGACGAAACGGGGCACGUCCGAGCUCGUGUCUGCGCCAGUGCCUGUCGUAAUUGUUGGCGCCACCACUAGCGAGCGCGCUACUGCUCAGAACGCCGCCGCCAACAGUGCCUACGAGACGUCGCGCAGCAUGGUCAAGGCGAAGCGCAGUCGAAACCGUCACUCGGUGUACCAACAGCACGACGUCGUCCACUUUUCGUCGGGCAGCACACUCAAGGGCGGGUCGUCUAGGAAGAGUCUCACGCCGUCACCGCCAUCAAGGUCCACAAUCAACCUCGGCAUCAUCAGUCCUCCUCCGCCUCCUCCCGUGGUCGUCGCCUCGCGCCGCAUCCCCAGCGCCGAGGACCUCGACAGCUAUGCCGACUGCGAAAGGGAAUCGUCGCUCGAGUCGACCCCGUCGUCUCACCGCGUCACCCUCCCGCCACUCCAGCCCUACUACCCGACCUGCGCCACCCCGGCGCCCAGUACCGGUGCGGACAGCUCGAGCUCGAGUGCAGUUCUGUCCCCUGACGCGCCGACAGAUGAGUACGAACACGUGUACCAAAUCCGCCAGCAGUCGGGACGGAGGAUAUCGGCCACCACGAGCGACGACGAGGAAGACUUUCAGCCGUCGCGGUCCCGCCCAAAACUCCACGCGACACCCGCCGAGCUCUACCCCGUCCCCGGGAUGCCGUUUGGUCUACCGUUCCAUGACCCAGCGUCCCCGUCGCACCCGGCGCCGGCGCACAUGCCCAUCCCCCCCGCCCAACACCGCCCGCUCCGUCGGCCUCGGACAGCACCCACAUCGUUUGGCGUGUACACUGCCGCCGCCAAACCUACUUCCUUCCCCAGCGGCGGCCCACCACCCGUCCAACGGCCCAGCACGUCCAGUGGACCUGGGUCGCGGUCAUCGAGCUUUGCAUUUGCCCUGCCACCGCUCCCAGAACAGCGAGUGUCCGAACCACGCCUGCGAUAG